ACAAAGCGCCAAUCCGUGCCACAACCUUUGGCAUAGAGCUUGAAUUUGGCCUGGCAUUCAAGGAAGAACUUCUGCGGACCAUACUCCAAGAAUACAACAUCGAAGCGGCUAUUGUCAAGAGAUUUACUGCCCUCCAGCACGACAACUUACUGGGAAAGCUUGCAACAAACCCCCUGCCCAAUCCUGCCUUGGAUAACAGACUACGCUAUUCUUCUUGGGCGCUACAUGUUCCACGAGAUGACCUUGGUUGUCAAAAGAACUUGCAUCGGGAGAUGUUUGCCAAUCUCACAACAAGAGAUAGACAAUACCUUCGCAGAUAUGUGAUGGAGCCCCUUCUUAUAGGCAAGAAAUGCCUGAACACAGCUUGUCUCGACAGCAACAUCAUUGGAUGGGUGGAACCCGACGCAGACUAUCCUACCAUUCCUUCCAAAGCCGAGAUACCUUUCCCCGGACAAGACAACGAUGUCAUGGUUCGAAAGGCCUUUGCCGACUAUUCAAAGCGGACUCUGACGAACGACUAUACGCUGGUAGGGGCUUUGAAAAGUCAGCUUGCAGACAACUUGCAGAACCGAAAUAUACCAACACAACAAAUCUCGACUUGGGAUACCACAGGUGUCGAAUUGAUCAGCCCGAUCUUCGACCUCGACAACAAACGACCAGCCUUUCAACAAAUUCAACAAUAUCUUGGUGCUCUGAAUAACCAAGACACUUUCCUGAUGGAGUCUGUAUGGGCAAGCACCCAUAUACAUAUCGGCUUCAAUUUCGACAAGCCAGAAGAUAUGCCAAUUCUGUUAUUGCAGCACCUAGCAUAUAUUCUGCUACUACAUGAGGACCUCUUGUCGAAGUGUCACCCACGAAGCCGAUGUGGAAUCGAAUUGCCCAACUCCGUCCCUGAAGAGCCGACCUGGGACGAAAGCGACGAUGACUUUGAUGUCGAUGCACCUUUCCCACCCGACCCAACCGAAGAUGAACUGGAGAAAGAAGAUGAAGAUGCAGUCCUUGCUUGGGAGGCCCAAUACACCGGAGCCGGUAAUGUCGACUCCAACUAUUGGUAUCUCCAUAGCAAGCUGCUAGCUCAAGCUCCUUCCCAUGAACAUCACAACAUCAUCAGAGACACCAUCUUCGAAGAACACGGCAGCAUCCGCGACCUCAUUGAGAACCUACAAAAGCCCCUUCCCAACAAGCCCGGCAAUGUGCAUCGGGGAUAUAUGUAUAAUUUCGCCAAUCUCCUCGCUAUGGAGAAGAAUACAACAUCGUGGAAAUCCAUCAAGCCGACUGUGGAAUUCCGGCAACACGCAUGUACCACCGACACCGACGUCAUUCAACACUGGGUCAUACUUUUGGAGGCUAUUGUCCGAAAAGCUGAAGAGUUUGCCGCCAUCACGACACAUCACAGCACAAACUCGACAAACCCAGCACAUACAUAUGCUGAGCAAGAGGCUGGCAAAUACCCAACUACCUAUACAUCAUCAUGGCCGUAUACAAACAUGAAGGAUUUCUGUGUCGACUUUUUGAACAUGCAGGAAGAAGCAGGAAGAUAUUGGCAGACACGGCAUGAACAAUACGAGGACGAUCGACCAUCUAGAAAGGAACAUAUCGAGAUGUGAUGGUUUUGGAUACAGGAAGGAAGUUGGAGAACAUUGGACUGUUGGAUUAGUAUUGAGAGCUAAUUAUAAGCUGAAAUAUGUUGGAUGUCUUUUGGUUUCUUUGCAGGUAAUACGAAUGAAUGUGACGACGAU